GACUCUCCAUGACGCAAUUCCUGUGCGACAUACGUAACGGCCGCCAUUGUUCCGCGCCGAUGGCGAGAUCCUUGUUCCUCAGAUAGCGUUCAUCGCCCGUCGUGGUCAACGGGCCAACCGAGUCUGGAGUGGUUGCGAACCCUUCUGGCUGCAGAUCUGGAGGUGGAGGCAGUACCCUGGACUCUAUUCUGCUGCCCUUUCAGGGUUUGGAGGAGCCGGAGCAUCCCUCGCGUCCUGUCACUUCCAGCGAGGCACACAAAACUGACCGUAGGGAUGGCCACCAGGGUCCGGACAGCUUCUAUUUGGGUCCCACCUCUCCAAGAACGAAACAGUUCAUGGGAUAGGAUCAGAAAGCUCCAAGGUCAGGAAUCCAUCUUGGGCCAAGGGACUCCUGGUCUGCAACCUCUCCCUGGAGCACCCAGGCAGAAGCAGAAGAGUCGCAGAAUAGAGAAAGUCCUAGAGUGGCUGUUUAUUUCCCAAGAGCAGCCAAAAAUCACCAAGUCCUGGGGACCUUUGUCAUUCAUGGAUGUGUUUGUGGAUUUUACCUGGGAGGAGUGGCAGCUGCUAGACCCAGCACAGAAGUGCCUGUACAGGAGUGUGAUGUUGGAGAACUAUAGCAACCUGGUGUCCCUAGGGUACCAACACACCAAACCUGAUAUCAUCUUCAAGUUGGAACAAGGAGAAGAGCUGUGUAUGGUGCAGGCCCAAGUUCCAAAUCAGACCUGUCCAAACACAGUCUGGAAAAUUGAUGAUCUUAUGGAUUGGCAUCAGGAAAAUAAAGACAAGCUGGGAAGUACAGCAAAAAGCUUUGAAUGCACUACAUUUGGAAAACUAUGUCUUCUUAGUACAAAGUAUCUUUCAAGACAAAAACCUCGUAAAUGUGGCAUGCAUGGAAAGAGUUUGAAAUAUAUAGAUUUCACUAGUGAUUAUGCUAGAAAUAAUCCUAAUGGGUUUCAGGUACAUGGAAAAUCAUUCUUCCAUUCUAAUUCUAAACAUGAGCAAACUGUUAUUGGAAUAAAAUACUGUGAAAGUAUUGAAUCUGGAAAAACCGUCAAUAAGAAAUCGCAACUUAUGUGCCAACAAAUGUAUAUGGGCGAAAAACCCUUUGGAUGCAGCUAUUGUGAGAAAGCCUUCAGCAGCAAGUCAUACCUUGUAGUGCAUCAGCAAACUCAUGCUGAAGAGAAACCCUAUGGGUGUAAUGAAUGUGGGAAAGACUUCAGUAGUAAAUCAUACCUCAUUGUACAUCAGAGAAUUCAUACAGGAGAGAAACUACAUGAAUGCAGUGAAUGCAGGAAAACAUUCAGUUUCCAUUCACAGCUUGUUAUACAUCAGAGAAUUCACACAGGUGAGAAUCCCUAUGAGUGCUGUGAAUGUGGGAAAGUCUUCAGUAGGAAAGACCAGCUUGUUUCACACCAGAAAACUCAUUCAGGACAGAAACCAUAUGUGUGUAAUGAAUGUGGGAAAGCUUUUGGUUUAAAAUCACAGCUCAUUAUACAUGAAAGAAUUCAUACAGGAGAGAAACCAUAUGAAUGCAAUGAAUGUCAGAAAGCCUUUAAUACAAAGUCAAACCUUAUGGUACAUCAGAGAACCCAUACAGGGGAGAAACCUUAUGUUUGUAGUGAUUGUGGAAAAGCCUUUACAUUCAAGUCACAGCUCAUUGUACAUCAGGGGAUUCACACAGGAGUAAAGCCCUAUGGGUGUAUUCAGUGUGGUAAAGGAUUCAGUUUGAAAUCACAGCUCAUUGUACAUCAGAGAAGUCACACAGGAAUGAAACCUUAUGUAUGCAAUGAAUGUGGCAAAGCCUUCAGGAGCAAGUCAUACCUUAUUAUACAUACAAGGACACAUACAGGAGAAAAACUCCAUGAAUGCAACGAUUGUGGGAAAGCCUUCAGUUUUAAAUCACAGCUCAUUAUACAUCAGAGGAUUCAUACAGGAGAGAACCCCUAUGAAUGCCAUGAAUGUGGGAAAGCCUUCAGUCGGAAAUACCAGCUUAUUUCACACCAGAGAACUCAUGCAGGAGAGAAGCCUUAUGAAUGCACCGACUGUGGAAAGGCUUUUGGUUUAAAGUCACAGCUUAUUAUACACCAGAGAACUCAUACAGGGGAGAAACCAUUUGAAUGUAGUGAGUGUCAGAAAGCCUUUAAUACAAAGUCAAACCUGAUUGUACAUCAGAGAACUCAUACAGGAGAGAAACCCUAUAGUUGUAAUGAAUGUGGAAAAGCCUUUACGUUCAAAUCACAGCUCAUUGUACAUAAAGGAGUGCACACUGGAGUAAAACCCUAUGGAUGCAGUCAAUGUGCAAAAACCUUUAGUUUGAAGUCCCAGCUCAUUGUACAUCAGAGAAGUCACACAGGAGUAAAACCAUAUGGAUGCACUGAGUGUGGGAAAGCCUUCAGGAGCAAGUCAUACCUUAUUAUACAUAUGAGAACUCAUACAGGAGAGAAACCACAUGAGUGCAGGGAAUGCGGGAAAUCCUUUAGUUUCAAUUCACAACUCAUUGUGCAUCAGAGAAUUCACACAGGAGAAAAUCCCUAUGAAUGCAGUGAAUGUGGGAAAGCCUUUAAUAGGAAAGACCAGCUCAUUUCACAUCAGCGAACUCAUGCAGGGGAAAAGCCUUAUGGGUGCAGUGAAUGUGGGAAAGCUUUUAGCAGCAAGUCAUACCUAAUUAUACACAUGAGAACUCAUUCAGGUGAGAAACCAUAUGAAUGUAAUGAAUGUGGGAAAGCCUUCAUUUGGAAAUCACUACUCAUUGUACAUGAGCGAACUCAUGCAGGGGUCAACCCUUAUAAAUGCAGUCAAUGUGAGAAAUCCUUCAGUGGGAAAUUACGCCUUCUCGUACACCAGAGAAUGCACACAAGAGAGAAACCAUAUGAAUGCAUUGAGUGUGGAAAAGCCUUCAUUAGGAAUUCUCAACUCAUUGUACAUCAAAGAACUCAUUCAGGAGAGAAACCCUAUGGGUGCAAUGAAUGUGGGAAAACCUUCUCUCAAAAAUCAAUUCUCAGUGCACAUCAGAGAACACAUACAGGAGAGAAGCCUUGUAAGUGCACUGAAUGUGGGAAAGCCUUUUGUUGGAAGUCACAGCUCAUUAUGCAUCAGAGAACUCAUGUAGAUGACAAACAUUGAUAAUUUUAUGAAACUGAAAAGUGGAUUCACAAGAGAUAGAAACAGAAUCAUAUAUAAAGAGAAACUCUGUAAGUGGAAUCAUCUUGUCAUCUUCCAGAAAACUCAUACUGAAUAGAAACUUUAUGAAUGCACAGCAUAUGGAAAGGCAUCCACAGAAAGCUGUUCUUUACAUGUAAAAAGAUAGUAGACAAUACACAGGAAAACUGAAUUUAGUAACCACUCUGAAAAUUGUUAGCAGCAAGUCAUACCUUUUUUUAAAAAGUUCAUACAGGUGAGGAACCAUGUUAAACGUUGUAAAGUCAUUUUACUAACAUAAGAUUCACAAAGAGGAAACUUCAUGAACCAGAUGAAUAUAGAAUAGACUUCUUUGAAAUUCAUAGUUUACAGAAUUUUAAUGAGAAAUUAUUGAGCUAAUGAAUGGCAGAAUUAACAAAAUUACAAACAUUUUAUGUAUCGGAAGCAUAUACAUUGGAGGAACCAUGCUAUAAGGGAAAGUUUAAAUCUAGAAAUGAGAAACCCCUAGGGAAAAAAUAUAUAUAGGAGUGAACAUCUUAUGAAUGUACCAAAUAAACCACAGCUGGACUGUUAACCUCACCUUAGAAGCUUCAUUCUAAAAAAAAAAAAAAAAAAAACCAACCUAUUAAUCUUAAUCUUAAUUUUGAAGAAUUAUUUAUUUCCUUUAGGAAUCAUUUUAAGAGAAGUUUUAUUCCAGGUGUUCCAAAAUUUCAGGAAAAGAUUUGAGAAAAUUCUCAAUUAUAAAUAAUAAGAUACAGAUUAUUUCUGUGUACAGGUGAAUCUAGUAAGGAGGUUAAGAAUAAGAAAUAAUAUCCCAGAGCCUACAGGGAUAUUUAGAUAUCUUCCUAUGUGUACUACAUAAUAUGAAUUUUGCAGUUUGGCAUUUUACUUGUGAAUGCCAUAUGUGAGACAAAAAUCAUCUUCCAGAGAUUUCAGUAUCUCUGAUAUUGACAAUAUCUCUGAUAUGACAAUAUCAUCUUCCAGAGAUUUCUACUCUGCAUACCAACAUUGUUUCUUUGUGUCUUACCAAAUGCAACUUGUUACUAGAAUAUGACUUAUUAAAAAUGCAUUUCCACACUGCAAACAUUUUUUAGGGCUAUGUUCUGCCCUUUGGAAGCAGUCUUGGCAGCAACCUCUUUAGUUAUAGUAAUCAAUAUAAGGCACACUUCAUGUGUUUGUGUAGCCUGGAAUCUAUUCUACCUUCACAGGUUAGAACAUCUUGAUUUCCUCUUAGAGAAACAUUCCCUAACGGUGUAUGUAGUCAUGACGGAACCACCAUUCAAGAUGCCCUGCUCAGGACUUGGCAUGAGCGCUAUGGUCAGCUGAGGCUCAGAACUGUACAUUGUUAAUGGGUUUUUCAAGUUCAGAAAAGCAACAUGAGCUUUUGUUCUAUGGUAGCAUGUUGAUGUAAUAAGUAGCUAUUUCAAUAGAGGUUCCCAGAACAGCUUUUGUUACUGUCAUUUUCUUAACUUUGUUCACUUGUCUUUUAUUUUGAGCUAUUGGGUGUGCUUUUAAUACAUUCCUUGUUUGAUUGCA